AUGGAUAUUCUUCCAACGCAUGACUUGCCUACUAAGACGAGGGAGUCAACACCCACAAAUCUGAAACAAAAUGAAACUGAUCGCCUGAAGUAUGUGAAGCAAAAUGAAUAUGUACAUAAUCAUCUUAAUAGUGAGCAACAAAAGGAAUUCAAUCAUCACUUUUCCGUGAAACAAAAUAAAUAUAAUCAGAGCUAUGUGAAAUAUAACAAGAACCAUCGUCUCGUUGAAACACUAGCAUCAACCAAGAUAGUUGAUAAUAGUGAAGUUUCUUUGACAAGUGGAUGGUGGAUCGUCAAGGAGGAGAAUUGGAAGAACUAUACGGACUGCUCAAAUGGGAGCUGUAAGAUUGCCUUCGGAGUUCAAUGUUCAUCUUAUCUUCACGCUUUGUACCAGUACAUCCCAAUUCGACAAAAAGCACCAAUAAGAGGAAUAUAUUUCUCAGUGAGUAGUUUUAACAAGUUACUAGUGAAACAGCCUAACCCUUUUGGCCAUCAGUAUGGCGCAAUGGCUUUAUUUAAAUUCAGCGAUGGGUCAAAUUAUACAAUCCAGUUGAAGUUUUCACCACUGGAAGGUCAUCAACAGAAGAAUGAUGUUUACAUGCUGCCUAAAGAGAGAGCUCCUCUUUCAAGCAUAUCUCUGAGUCUUGCAUGUGCUGGAUUUAAAGGUCGUGUCUCAUUCAUGGAUGUCAAUGUAUCACCAAUUGUAGAUGAUGUCACAAUUAAGAGUCAUCCAACGCUUUAUGAUUUCAUUGCAAAAUGUCCAGACCAAGCCCCAUUUCCGAACAUUGCAAAAUUUAGAUUUACAUGGUUAACAUUGAACCGCCAUAUAAUUAUCAACGCAGAUGACAUAACCCUAGUUACACAAGUCUCUGCUGAUAGACUUUAUAUGCUACAUGAUAUCCUACCUUACUGGGAUGGCCCAGUUUCCAUAGCAAUCUACAUUCCUGCAUCUGAAUCUCCAUCUGACAAACCGAUAUAUGAUGAUGAGUAUAUAAUUCAUAAGCUAAAGAACCUCACACAGAGUUGUGAAAUCACAAUUAUGUACGGAGAAUACUAUAAGGAAAAGUAUCCAAUUAACACACUGAGAAAUCAUGCCAUACGUCAUGUACAAUCUAAGUAUCUUUUUUUGUCAGAUGCUGAUUUUUUACCAUCGGUUAAUUUUCAAAGACAGGCAAAAUCUGAGAUUAAUCGAUUAAAAUCUGUUGUAGAUCAUGAUGACGAUACUUCUAUUAAAGAUAUAGAUAAAACAGCAUUUGUAGCCCCAGCCUUUGAGUAUCUAAAGAACCCAUUCAAAUCAAACAACCUAGCCAAAACAAAAGCAGAGCUUGGUCAAGUAUACAAAACAAAAUCGUACAUUAAAGUAUUCAAUGGUGCAUGGUCCGACAACCACAAAGCAACUGACUAUGGGAAAUGGUUUAAAAGAAGUCACUCAUACAAAGUUACAAAAUAUCAAAUUAAAUAUGAACCUUAUGUUGUAUUAAGAAAACACAGCCGGCUUCCUUUGUAUGAUGAACGUUUUGUUGGGUACGGAAUGAAUAAAGUGAGUUAUCUGAUGGAGUUAAAAGCUGCUGGGUACACAUUUCUUGUGCUCCCCAAUUGCUGGGUUUCUCAUAUACCUCAUGAGAAAACAAAUAACAAUCAGGAGUUCUCUUAUGAUGCAGUAGCUAGACUCAAAAAUAGAGUAUUAAGAUAUGAGUUUAUGGCAGACUAUACAAGAAAGUAUGAGAUUGGAGGGUGUUCUGAACAUGAAAAUGGAAAAGAUUAGUGAAAUGCCAAAUAACCUCUUCUACGUCGUGUAACCAUAAUAUCUCAGAAUAGCUUUUUAUAUGGAGUUUAUCCACUGGGAGAUAUGCAUAUCUGCCUGAGGGUUAACCUCAUUUCCAAACCCACCACACAUAACUGCUUUAUCCUAUACCCAGAAGAGUAUUUUUCAAUUAUUCUUUUAAUAUUUUUUUUAAUGACCAUGGAUGGUAUCGCAACAGAUUUCAGACAUUGAUAUGUUGGAUUUAGGUUUUUCUGAUGAUCUGAACAGAUGCAUAUAUUAGGCCAAUGCAUUAGGCUUAACUUCAGGACAAGCACUCAUAGAGAUGAUAAAAUAAUUUGGAAUUUGAGACAGGGAAGGUGCAAACACCCCACCAACACGUUUUUUCUGAAACAUUGUCCUGAUUUUCAGCCCUUUUUGCACCUUUUUUUCAAUGUUUGUUGAAUCAACUACGUUUUAAUGUUUUUGCAAAGGAGAUAUGAAAACCUCAAAUCAGGAUACGGGAUAUAUCUUACCGACUUAUCAACCUAAAACUCUAAUGGGCAUAGGAUAAAUCAUUUUGUUUUACGCAUCUUAAUAGUUUUUCUACGUUAUAUGUUAUUCUCAAUAGCUUUUCCAUGUAUGACUAUAAUAAUAUCUCAGAAUGAUAUAUUUACUUUAUGCAUAUGCUAUUUUCGCUAGCAUCCUAAAUCGCUUUUGGGUCGUCUAUUCAUGUCGAGUUUAACAUCAAAUAUAUCACUUUUUCUUUGAC